AUGGGAACAAAAUCUGAUGGAGUUUCAGACGGGCGCGAGGCUUCUUUCUGGUCCAUUGCACGAGCGUUGUACUAUCGUUGGCGUGAUCGUUCUUUGUGUUCGGCGCGAGACGAGCGCAUCGUCUGGGCGACGGUCCAAGAGCCGCGAAUAACGGCUGAUUGCUUGAAAAUCGCUAAUGUAAGGCGGUUCAGCUCGUGGGGCUGA